GCGAGCCCAGCUUCGCGCAUGCGCAUUCCACCUUCGCCCGGCCGGUGAAGGAGCAAGGCAGCAGGGACGCCGAAACGGCAGCUUAACGGGCAUAAACGGAGACGGAAGCCCUGCCGGAGCCGUCGAAGCCUUCUGGGGUUCCCUCUUGCGAGCAUUUUUCCUCAGCCGCCUCUUCGCAAAGAAAGCCGGUUGCCGGUGAAGAGAAGACGAGCGAGGGGCGGGGCUGAGGUUUUGUUUGGCGUUUGGAUCUUUCUCCCAGGAAGGGCAACUGGGAGCAUCCUGGCUUGGUAAACGUGCAAGCCGGCUUGCCUUCCAGACCAUGGACUCACUGAGACACCCUGAGGUGUGAAAAUGUCGAGGAGUAACCGAGCGCUCGUGGUGGACUUCCUUUCCUACAAGCUGUCGCAGCGGGGCCACAGCUGGCAUGAGAUCGAGGUGGAGAGCGGGGAAGAUGCGAUGGAGCCGGCAAACGAGACGGGGAACGCCCUCAACGGGAGCCCCUCUUGGCACCCCAGCCCCAGCCGUGUCGUCAACGGGGCCUCCGAACACCCCGAACUCCUUGAAGAGGCGGAAGAAGAAAACCAGAGGCCGGAUGUGAGCCAGACGCUCAGGGAGGCUGGUGAUGAGUUUGAACUGAGGUACCGGCGGGCUUUUAGCGACCUCACCUCCCAGCUCCACAUCACCUUGGGCACUGCGUACCAGAGCUUCGAGCAGGUGGUGAACGAACUCUUCCACGAUGGGGUGAACUGGGGGCGGAUAGUGGCGUUCUUCUCCUUUGGGGGAGCCCUGUGCGUGGAGAGUGUCGACAAAGAGAUGCAAGGGUUGGUGGGGAGGAUUGCCAGCUGGAUGACCACGUACCUGACCGAACACCUGGACCCCUGGAUCCAAGAGAACGGUGGCUGGGUAAGUGCUCGGUAAAACUGAGGGUUGGGA